AUGAGUCAAGAUAAACAAACAAUCAACGAUGAUAUGAGUGAUAUUAUACCAUCACAAGAUGUACAAGAGAACGACUUUCAAACACAACGACCUAGAGAUGAUGAGGAGAUGGAUCAACAACAACAACAACAACAACAGGUGAAACCAUCCUUUCACAAGCAAUUAGUUAGUAUUGAUCAUUUGGAGAUGGCACAGAAACCAACUACUCUCUAUGCACCUAAUCAUUCUCAACAACAACAACAACAAAGACAACCAUCUGGUAGUACAGACUCUGAUAAUAUUAUUAAUACAAAUGGAGACGGUGAUGGUGGAGGUGGAAGAGACAUUGAUCAAUCAUCACCAAAUAAUAUAUCGUAUUCUCAAAGACAUACUGGCGGUGGUACAAACACAAGUAAUUUCAUAAACGAUCAAUCAUUGGCAUCGCAAUCAUCACAAUCUAUUAAACAGCUUGUUGCCUGUUCUACACCUCCUUUAUCUCAAAAGCCAUUCUUUAAGACUGUCAUCACUCAAUGCACAGUUUGUCAUGUGACAUUUGGUAAUUUAACUAUUUUGGAACGACAAAAUCAUAUAACAGAGUGUGAAGAAAGGGUUAGAGAAUGGACAUGCGAACAAUGCAACAAGGAUUUAUCAGGAUACACCGUUGCAAAGAAAAAUGAACAUAAAAAGAGAUGUGGAUCGUUGUCUGAUAGAAUGACAACUACAACAACUCAUACCACUACAACUACAAGUACUUUAAUGAGUACAACUAAAUCUAAACAUGAUAAUAAUAAUAAUAAUAAUAAUAAUACAGCAAUAACUACAACAUCGAAUGACAUUAGCAACAAUUCAGUUUGUAAGUUAUGUCAAAAAGAUCUUGGUAGAAUAUCACCAGAGAAUAGAAGUUCACAUGUUAAAUCAUGUGCCAAAGAAAGAAAUAUUAGUGCAAGAGAUUUGAUUGAUAUCUAUAACUCAACUUCAACCUAUCCAUUAGUAUCUGCUGUUGAUCAACAACAACAAUCAUUAAAAUUAACUUCACCACCAACAACAACAACAACAACUAAAAGUUCUUCAUCUAAAAGAGGACAAGAAACAACAUCAAAAUAUUAUAAAGCACCCAAGAAACCAUCAGCCUCUUCAAGUAAAAAGGGAGAAUCUAAAAGAAAAAAGAAAUCAUCAUCCAAGCAAGAAGACCAACAACUAGCUUUGGAAGAUGAAUUUGAUGAUGAAGAAGACAAUACAAUGUUGGCAAUGGGAUUAUCAGAGAGUUUGGAAAUUUCAAAAUUGGAAAGUUUUAGAUAUGAUCCCUAUUCUCAACAAGCUAAAUCAAGUGGUGGUAGUGGUAAUAAUAGUACUCAAUCUCCAUAUGAUCUGGCUGGUUUCAAAGCAACUGUUUCACCAUCCAAAGAAAAAGCAAACCUUAAUAAUCAAUUGGCAAAUAUUUUAUUUCAAAAACCUCAACAACAAAUUCAAAUUCAACCUCAACCUCCUCCUCAACAACCAUCUAUUGAUUUUAUACUUCCACCACCAACAACAACUUCACCACCACUUUUAAAAGAAUAUUCAAGUAAAUUGGCUAAAAAACAUACACCUUCAAAACCAAUCAAUUCAAUUGCAAAGUAUAGAGGUGAUGAAAAUUCAAAAGACUAUUAUGAUAGUCAAUUAGAGUUGGAAAUGCUCAAAGAAAAGGAAUUACUCUUGGAUAACGAAAGAAAACAAAGACAAUGGGAAAUUGAAGAAAAAGAAAACCAAUUAAAAUUCCAACAACAUCAACGUCAAUUGGAAAUUGAAAAGGAAAAGGAAAGAAUAUUAGAAUUGGAAAAGGAAAAGGAACUUGAAUUGGAAAAUCAAAGAAAAUUGGAAAAAGAACAAAAAGAAAUGGAGGAAAAAGAAAGAAAAUUAGAAAUUGAAAGAAAAUUACAAAGAGAACAAAAGGAAAUGGAGGAAAAACAGAAAAAGGUAUUUGAAAAAAUGGAAAGUGAAAGAAAAUUGGAAAAUGAAAGAAAAUUGGCAAUUGAAAGAGAAUUGGAAUUAAAACGUCAAAAUGAACAAAUCAAACAAUUAUUAAUUGAACAACAAAAAGAAAAUAAGAAGUUAUUAGAAAAACAGCAAUUGGAAAAGGAAAAAGAAAAGACAUCACCAUUAACUUCUCCACCUGAAUCACCUCUUUUACCUCAAAAUCUUGCUCAAUAUACAAAUAGAAAGAGAGAAAGAGAUUUAAAUGAAACGACCGACGCAAAAUUAAAUAGAAAGGUUCAGAUGAUCAGUCAAAACUACAUUCAAAAGUAUUCACAAGCAAGACAAAAACUUGAUCAACACUUGAAAGAAUUUACCAAUACAAUUGGUCAAGCAACUCUUGAAAAGGAUUUGGAACUCGAAAGAUUACUCUACAAAUAUGGUCUCGACUAUACAAGUUUUAAUUUUGAUAUUACAAAUCAAAAAUUUCAUCCUCCUCAACAAAUGCCUUUUAAACCUUUUACUUUUUCAAUUGUAAAUAAUCAACAACAACAAAUUAAUAAUAAUAAUAAUAAUGUAAAUAAUUCUCCUUUAAUAUUAUCACCACCAAAACAAACAAAUAAUAAUAAUAAUAAUACUAAUAAUAGUCCAGCAACAACAUUAACAACAACUACAAACAAUAGUACACAUCCCACGAGUCGUUUUCUAAAUCCCCAAUUUAAUAAUGAUACCUAUAAUAAUAAUAAUAAUAACUUUAAUAAUGAUACAAGUCAUGAUGAUUUAUCAUUAGGACUUGAUGAUAGUCCUAAUCCUAUUAUUAAUAAUAAUAAUAAUAAUACCAAUAAUAGUUAUAAUAAUUAUUAUUCACCUCCAAGAGAUCAAUUUACUCAAUAUGGAGAUGAUUUUGCCUCACAACAUGAACAUGACCAUUUUGAACAAUCUCAACAAUCGCUUUCACAAAAAUCUAACAACAACAGUAAACCAUUAUCUCAACAACAACAACAACAACUUCAUACAAGGAUUACAAACAUGUCCUCUUCUACUACAACAACUUCUACACUUUUUAAUUUAAAGAAUCUCAAAACCCCACCAUCUAUAUCAAAGGGCUCUCCAUUGUCUUUAACCAACAAUAACAACAAACCAACAACAACAAAAAAUACAAGUUCAUCAGGAACUGUGACGCGACCAGACUAUGACAACAUGCAAACAGCAGAAUUAAAGCAAUUAGUGUCAUCCUAUGGUAUCAAAACAACCGGAAAGGAUUGUUCAACAAGAGCAUUUUAUAUUUCAAAAUUAAAUGAUGUUUGGGACUAUCAACAAUCACAACCAUCACAACAAAAGAAAUAA